AUGAUGGCAGACUCGCGACGGCCGUCUUACGCGUCUCGGCUCCUAGCUCUAGCUGUAGCUGUAGGGGCGAUGCGAACGGCAUCUUCUGUAGCAGCCGCAGGGGAUGCCCCGCCUGGCAAAAUAGCUGUAAUAGGAGCAGGGAUUGGUGGCGCAUCAGUGACCCAUUUUCUGCAGCAGCAUUUUGGGCCACAGGUACAGCUGGAUGUAUACGAGAAGGACACAGUAGGUGGCCGCCUGGCUACAGUCACCGUCAACAAACAGCGGUAUGAAAGCGGUGGAGCCUCCAUUCACCCCCUCAGCUUGCACAUGCAAGACUUCGUUAAACUGCUGGGACUGAAGCACCGUCGAGAAGUGGCAGGGAAAAGUGCAGUCUUCAGUGGGGAGCAAUUUGUCCUGGAGGAGGCAGACUGGUACCUCUUGAACCUCUUUCGGCUCUGGUGGCACUACGGCAUGAGAUUCCUGCGUCUACAGAUGUGGGUGGAAGAGGUAAUGGAGAAGUUCAUGAGGAUCUACAAAUACCAGGCUCAUGGCUAUUCAUUCUCUCGCCUAGAGGAACUCUUACAUUCUCUGGGUGGCGACGCCUUUGUCAACAUGACUCAGCGCUCUGUGGCAGAAUCCCUGCUAGAGGUGGGCAUCACACAGCGCUUCAUCGAUGAUGUUAUUGUGGCCAUCCUGCGGGCCAGUUAUGGUCAAUCCGUACUGGUGCCUGCAUUUGCUGGAGCCAUGUCACUAGCAGGGGCAGGCAACAUGUGGGCUGUGGAAGGUGGCAACAAGUUGGUGUGCUCUGGUUUGCUGAAGCUAACCAGAGCCAACGUAAUCCAGGCCACUGUGACAGCCAUCUCCCUGCACAGUUCAGAAGGAAAAAACUUCUACCAAGUACACUACGAGGAUGAGGAAGGCCAGGGCUCAAGCUUCUAUGACAUCGUGGUCAUUGCCACACAACUGCAUGACAAGAAGAGCAACAUCACUUUUCAGAACUUUGACCCUCCCAUCACUGAGUUCCCAGGAACUUUUCACACCACCAUCACCUCCGUAGUCCAUGGCUAUCUCAACUCCUCUUAUUUUGGCUUUGGUGAUCCAAAGCUCUUCCCUUUCACCAGUGUCCUCACCACAGACUCUCCUGCCCUCUUCUUCAAUUCCAUGGAUAACAUUUGCCCUGUCAACGUAUCCAAUACCUUCAGGCGGAAACAACCCCAAGAGGCUGCUGUGUGGAGAGUCCACUCCCAGCGUCCCCUGGAAAAGCAGGAGCUAAAGAUGCUGUUCCGUUCCUACUAUUCUGUCCAGGUGACAGAAUGGCAGGCAUAUCCUUCGUAUGAAUCUUCCAAGACUCUUCCACCCAUUGUUCUCCAAGACAAUCUCUACUACCUCAACAGCAUGGAGUGGGCAGCCGGUUCCAUGGAAAUGGCUGCUGUGGCAGCCAAAAAUGUGGCCCUCUUAGCUUACAACCUUUGGUAUCACAACCUAGAUAAGAUAGACCAGAAAGACCUUUUGCACAAAAUAAAGACUGAGCUGUGAAUCUAGCAGGCACUGCUAGAGGAGACUUCCAGGAUCUUCUCCUUUUUUUGGAUGCAGAGUGGGUUGAACGGCAUGGAGUGGGCAGCCAGUUUCGUGGCCUUUUUUUAAUGGGGAGAUGACUGGAGAACUGGAUGUACAUCCCUGUAUAUCUGUUUGUCUGCAGCAAGUGCAUCGCAUUCUCUUUUGCACAGAGUCUGCAAGUUAAUGGCAAUCCUUUACCGGAGACUUAAUGUUUCCUGAGAAGAAUCUUUGAAGGCAUCUAAGCUGGUUACUAUUGAACCGAUUCCAGGUUCAGAAGUGGGAUUGGUUUCUUCUUCAGGCAAACAGGGCGCUGCUACCUGCUGAGCCACAGCUGUACAAUCGUUACCCACUGUACGUCACUCGGCAAGCCAUGCCUUUGUAAAGAAGCUACUUGAAGACUGGAUUUCUUGUUUCCUCCUCAACAACCGCAGUCUUGAUUCCCAGCUGCUUCUUGCUGAACUCCUUCCUUGUGGCUAGGCUUCUAUGCUAAAGGAAAUGGCCCUUUUGAGGAGGAGCCCGUGUCUGAUGACAGAUCUCUGCAGCUCCUUUACUUUUCUGACAUGCCAAGCAAUGUGAGCCUUUACAGACCCCCCCCCCCAAAGCUUGCCUUUAAUCGUGGUCAACCAGAGUCCUGAGUGUUUAGGCGCUGGCUAAAGCUCAGGUUUGAUGACCCCUCCCUGUGUGAAUGUGAACGUGUCUCCUAUAGUCUGUACCUGUUCAAAACUGCAUAAACAUUGCCCUGAUGACAUCCAAUCCCUGCAACUAAUGGCUGGUCUAAUGUUGCUUUCCCCCUUGUAUAUCAUGGAGGAAGAUGUGGUCGCUGUUCCCAGGCUUACAAGAAAAACUGGGCAUUCUUCCCUUCCAGAUUUCAGUGGUAAAACUGAUUUUUAUUGUUCCUUGCCUAGGAAACUUUUUUUGACUUGGAGUUGAAUCCCAGUUGUAUUGUCUAGCUCAGGGGUAGGGAAUGUUGGCUCUCCAGAUGUUUUUUUUUUUUGCCUACAACUCCCAUCAGCCCCAGCCAUUGGCCAUGCCGAUUGGGGCUGAUGGGAGUUGUAGGCAAAAAAACAUCCGGAGAGCCAACGUUCCCUACCCCUGGUAGCUGAUUCUAUAAAUCUUGAGACAGGAGCCUUUCCACUCCUUUUAUGUCCAUCAGUCAAGCCAUACUACAAACUGGUUUUUUGCAGUAAAGGGGUAAACAAAACAUCAAGAGUCUGGUGACUGGAGAAAAAAAGCUGUUGAUGGAGUAAGCAUGUUCUGCCUUCUGCAGAGGUUUGGAGUUAAAAAAAGAACUCAUACAGGCUUUGAAAAAAGAAUUAGGUACUUGUAAAAUAAGGUGAGGAAUUCACUUUAUUGUCAGACAGCAAGGCUGCUUCCUGAGCACAGAGAUUGGCCAGCAAAUUUCUCCUGUGUUCACUGGAGAGACAAGGCAGGAAUGCGACCGUGUGAUUCUGAACCUCCUCUAAUAAAGUUCCUUAACUGUG